CGAAAGCGGAAAUGACGUCAAUAAUGAGCGAAGGACCCCGACUCUCUUCGCAACUUUCCAAACGGGAAUAAUAAUGUAAAAAAAAAAAGAAGAAGACACAAAUGCGUCAGACGGGGUUGUGUCGGCUACCUUAUCCACAGAUACUUCAGUCAACUUUCUGUUUGUUCAAAGAAGAUCCUGAGGAACCGAAGCGCGGCCGUCGGUCCUAAUUCCUUUUUGGCUCAAGAUGGCGGGGGACGAGUCGGGAGUAACGCUGGGACAGCCGCAUCUUUCCAGGCAAGAUCUCAGCACUCUGGACGUCAGCACGUUAACCCCCCUCUCUCCAGAAAUCAUUAGCAGACAAGCCACUAUCAACAUCGGCACCAUUGGCCAUGUGGCUCACGGCAAGUCCACAGUGGUGAAGGCCAUCUCGGGAGUGCACACGGUCAGGUUCAAGAAUGAGUUGGAGAGGAAUAUCACCAUCAAGCUGGGCUAUGCCAAUGCAAAGGUGUACAAACUGGAUGACCCCAGCUGCCCUCGGCCAGAGUGUUACCGGUCGUGUGGGAGCAGCACGCCCGAUGAGUUCCCCACAGACAUUCCUGGCACCAAAGGCAACUUCAAGCUGGUCAGACACGUUUCUUUUGUGGACUGCCCUGGUCACGACAUCCUCAUGGCCACCAUGCUGAAUGGAGCUGCUGUGAUGGAUGCUGCCCUGCUGCUGAUCGCGGGAAACGAGUCUUGCCCACAGCCACAGACUUCUGAGCACCUGGCUGCCAUUGAGAUCAUGAAGCUGAAGCACAUCCUCAUCCUACAGAACAAGAUUGACCUGGUCAAGGAGAGUCAAGCCAAGGAGCAAUACGAGCAGAUCCUGGCCUUUGUGCAAGGUACAGUGGCGGAAGGUGCUCCCAUCAUUCCUAUUUCUGCCCAGCUGAAGUACAACAUUGAGGUGGUGUGCGAGUACAUCGUCAAGAAGAUACCUGUGCCGAUCCGUGACUUCACGUCUGAACCGCGCCUCAUUGUGAUCCGGUCUUUUGACGUGAACAAGCCCGGCUGUGAGGUGGAUGAUCUGAAAGGUGGUGUUGCAGGGGGCAGCAUUCUCAAAGGAGUUCUGAAGGUGGGGCAAGAGGUGGAGGUGCGCCCAGGUAUUGUGUCAAAGGACAGUGAGGGGAAGCUCAUGUGCAAGCCUAUCUUCUCCAAGAUCGUUUCCCUGUUUGCUGAGCACAACGACUUGCAGUACGCUGCACCCGGAGGCCUCAUCGGCGUGGGUACAAAGAUCGAUCCAACUCUGUGCCGAGCGGACCGCAUGGUUGGCCAGGUCCUGGGUGCAGUGGGUGCGUUGCCCGAGAUCUUCACAGAGCUUGAGAUUUCUUACUUUCUGUUGAGGAGGCUGCUGGGAGUCCGUACAGAGGGAGACAAGAAGGCAGCCAAGGUCCAGAAACUGUCGAAGAAUGAGGUGCUGAUGGUGAAUAUAGGGUCCCUCUCCACUGGAGGUCGUGUCAGUGCGGUCAAGGCUGAUCUCGCCAAGAUUGUGCUGACUAAUCCAGUGUGCACAGAGGUGGGCGAGAAGAUUGCUUUGAGUCGAAGGGUGGAGAAACAUUGGCGUCUCAUUGGAUGGGGGCAGAUCAGGAGGGGCGUCACCAUUACACCCACAGUGGAUGAUGACUGAAGAAGCACAUGGAAGUCCUUUGCGCUGGAGAUGCCCACUGCACCCAGAACCCCUGUAAAAUACCUGCCACUCAUCUACGCAGCAUCCAGUGAGGCCCAGUCUCAGGCAUGGGGCUUGGUGUGUACUGCUGUGGGGGGUGGGGGAGGGCUGCUUUCUACAUUUUAAAAGGAGAACUAUAUCCUCCAUUGCAGGACUUUCCUUAUUUAUACACACCCGGGGGGUUGAUGUCAGUGUGGUUCUGUGGAGAUUUAAUAGUGCAGUAUUGGCAGCCUGUCAAAGACAACAAUAAAAUGUUUUGAUGAAAGUCUGUGCUGUGGGAGAUCCUUCACAGGUGUGAAUCUGCUCUAUGGACAGCUGGGUUGUGCACAGGCUGGAGAACCCAUGGUUUCUUCAACAAAGGCUACUUUCUGUCACUCUGCCAACUCAGUGUUGCUCAUAGUAGCCGGUCAGAAUAGCAGGGAGUUUCUUCAUCUGUUCUCCUCCCUGCAUCGGUUGUAACUGGCCCUGCUACUCCUCCAGGAUGGACAAAAUGCCACCUUUCUCGUUAACUCAUGGAACAAACUAAUUAUUGCUUGUUUUGAUUUUGAACAUAGUCUUCCUCCUGAUGAUACACUGAAACCUGCAAGUUAACAGUAGUUAUUCUACCUUACACAGUGAGUCAAAGAACUGAACGCUUUCAAAACUCAUAUGAAAAAUGCAUUUAAUUGUUAGCCUGAUUUUUCUUUUUUUGUGUCCCCCCCCCGUUUGAUGCUUCAACGUUGCUACAUCAAGCACAGGUGCUGAUAUGAUGGUUUGGGAUGAAUUGGACUGCAGGACUGAUGUGUGACAGGAGGCGUGCAUAUUGAGCAUUUGUAAGAUUAGGAAAAAAACUUUCACAAAUUGGUUUGGACUACAUGUUUAGUAACUGAGAAAUAAAUCUUUCAAAGUGUC